UAAAACCAGACCAGAGUCAGACCCUGCAAUUUAGCAGAAACAAAACCCUAAUUUCCUCUGUAUCAAAACGUCGAUUUCUCAGUAGAAACGCGAAGUCCAAAUUUUCACAAAAUGACAAACAGUUCAUCGUCAAAAAUGCACAGUCAAGAUCGGCCCGAAAUAAGUGGGUCCACCACCAAAUCACAGAGAACUAAAAUGGGAAAACCCGAAGAUGGUGAAAAGAAGAUGAAGCUCAAAGAUAUUGAGAUAAGUGUACCCAUUGUGUAUGGCAAUGUGGCAUUUUGGCUUGGCAAGAAGGCAAGCGAGUACCAAUCACAUAAAUGGACUGUGUAUGUUCGUGGGGCGACAAAUGAAGAUCUGGGUGUGGUAAUAAAGCGUGCUGUUUUUCAGCUGCAUUCUAGUUUCAAUAGCCCUACAAGAAUUGUGGAGACACCACCAUUCGAGUUAUCGGAAGCAGGGUGGGGUGAAUUUGAGAUUGCAAUUACAUUGUUUUUCCACAGUGAUGUCUGUGACAAGCCGUUGAAUUUAUACCAUCAUUUAAAGUUAUAUCCAGAGGACGAAUCUACUACUAUGUCAACUAAAAAGCCAGUUGUUGUUGAAUUUUACGAUGAGAUUGCGUUCCCAGAGCCUUCAGAAAGUUUUUUAGCUCGUGUGCAGAAUCAUCCAGCAGUUACCUUUCCAAGAUUACCAGGGGGUUUUACUUUACCUCCCCCUCUACCAGUUGAGGAUGCGAAUAGAAGGAAGAGAGGUGACACCAAAGACAAUCCCCUGACUCAGUGGUUCAUGAAUUUCUCUGAAGCAGACGAGUUAUUACAACUUGCAGCAGCCCGUCAACAGGUGCAAGCUCAUAUUGCUAAACUCAGACGACAAAUAAGUUUGAUAGAUGCGCAGCGUCAACCUUUGAAAUCUUGCUCCGACCAGUUAAAUUUGUUAUAAGAAGUUCCAACUGGUGAAUUACAUUAUUCCUGCAAGUUUUUUGAGAUUUCUCCUUCUAAUGGAUUUGCAGUGGAAGCACUUUAUGGCAUAAGAAUGUAACAACACUGUAUUUUUCCAAUUGUGGGAAGUUUUGUGCCUUUUCUUUUCUAGUUUUUUUUCUAUUUCACUUUUUGUAUUGUUCCUUGUGACAUUUACGCAUUGUAUCAAUAAACAAAACCAAAAGAAGAAUGUAUCAUCUGAGCAAUAAAAAGAUGAAAUUUU